CGCACGCAUGGCUCACUUGCGCAGUGGCAUGGACGUAGCACCGCCAUCGCCGCGAUGGAAGGCCAACAAGCUCUUGUCGCCAUCCCGCCUUCCCAAGCCCACCAGCGUCGUCGUCGUACCACGCGAUCGCGUGCCCGCCCUCGCCAGCGACAUUGAGCGCAAGCUCGAGCGCCAAGCGAGCUGUCUCGCCGACGCGCCGCCGCUCGGCGAGACCAUUCGCUGCAUGGUGCGCAUUCGGCCGUCGGCGAGCGACCGGCGCUGCGUCGAUGUCGACCUGCCAACGCAGUCGGUCAGCGUCAACAUGCAUAUGCUCAAGACCGACCGGCGCCGGUAUGCGGUCGACGGCGUCUUUCCCGAGGCAGCGACGCAAGAAGAGAUCUUUCUCAAGGUGGGCCUGCCCGUCGUGGCGACUGUUCUCCUCGGCUUUCACGGCUGCGUCCUCGCGUACGGCCAAACGGGCUCGGGCAAAACGCACACCAUGCAAGGCGACAUGGACCCGAGUAGCGACGAGCGCGGCCUCAUUCCGCGCGUUGUCCAGCAGCUUUUUGCGUCCCUCUCGGCGUCCCAGACGCCCUUUACAUGCCACUGCUCGUACUUUGAGAUUUACAACGAGAAGAUCUUCGACCUCCUCGACACGUCAGCGACCGAGCCCAAGGCCGUGCGAGAAGACAACACCGGAGUCUAUGUCCAGGACAUCCUCGAAAGCCACGUGACGACGCCCGAGGACGCGCUGCGCUUGCUACAUCUUGGCACCAAGCAGCGCACCGUGGGCAGCACGGCCAUGAACCGAGAGAGCUCGAGGUCGCACUCGGUGUUUACGCUUCAUUUGACACAAACCCUUCCGACGGCCGACGGCCUUUCUGUCGUUCGGCGAUCGCUACUGCACCUUGUCGAUCUCGCGGGCUCAGAGAAGCAGAGUCACACGCGGGCGUUUGGGUUGCGUCUCAAAGAAGCGUCGCAGAUCAACAAGUCGCUCUCGGUGCUCGGCAAUGUCAUCACGGCGCUUGUCGAUGUCUCGCGCGGCGUCAAGCGCCAUGUCAACUACCGUGACUCGAAGCUCACGUUCCUACUGCGGGACGCCCUUGGCGGCAACUCCAAGACGACGCUGCUCGCCACGAUUGCGCCGGACGAAGCGUUUACCACCGAGACGCUCUCGACUUUGCAGUUUGUUCAGCGCGCCAAGUGCAUCACGACCGCCGCCGUUGCCAACGAGGACACGGGCAACACAUUGGCAGUGCUGCAGCGCGACCUCGCCGACGCGCGGUCGAAACUCGCGCGCCUCGACGCAGAGCACACGGCCACAGAGCGCGAGAUGAGCUGCCGCCUCGACGCACUCUUGAGCGACAAGUUCGCGCUCAAGAGCGACAACGCACGGCUGCAACGGUCGGCCGCCGCGGCAAGCGAGGAGGUCGCGCGCUGGCGCCUCGCUUCCGAAGACAAUGGACGCACUGCACACGAGACACAUGACCCUUGCGAGACCGAGGGUAGCUCCAAGCAAGACGCGACCUGUCGCCUGCCCUUGGAAAACGAGCAGCUUCGGAUGGCGCUUGAGGAAGCCGCGACCCACCGGGUAUCGCUCGUUGCUGUAGCGCGCUCGGAGGCGCAUGGACAUGACGUUGUCGUAUCGCAGCUCCAAGCCCGUCUCCAAGCACGUGAUGUAGCGUACGAGGAGCUGGAGCGCGAGCUCGCGGCGGCGCGGCAUCGUCUUGCAUCCAGCGAGGCCACCGCAGCCGCCGAACGCGAGCGUCAAAACGACGCCUUGCGCGAGCAGACGGCGGCUGCGAGCGCACUGCACAACCAGCUACAGCUGCUGCAGUCACGGCCAAGUACGUGCCAUCGCAUUCAAGAAGAGAGCGUGCCCUUUGUUCCGAGCCCGCGGCGCCACCGCCGGUCCGAAAGCGACGUGUCGGAGGACAUUCGCUUGGCGGUCACCUCGUUCAACGCCGCGUCGCGGCCAUCGACGCUCGAGAACGCGGUGGCCGACCUCCAACUGCAGCACCAGCAGAUGCUGCAUUUAUUGCAAAAGCUCGACAGUUUGCGCCAGUCCAAGAAGUUUCUCGAGCACGCACUGCAGAACGCGCUGGCGGACAACGCCGAGCUCAUUGCCAGCGCCAACACCUUGCAGAGAGAGCGGGACGCUGCCCGUGCGAGCACCGCCGCCGCAGAGCGUUACCGCUUGGAGCUUGAGCGCGACAAGACGCUGGCCCGAACGGCAUCGGCCCCCGCCAUCACGACGACCCUGCAUGGGUUCUCCAAGCUGGACGUUGCGGACCAAAUCAAGACACUCGCAGCAGACAAGGUCGCGCUGAGUGCGCGUCUCAAGACGGCGUAUGCCAAGGUGCAGUCGCUCGAAGAGUCGCUGCAGCAGCUACGAACGUCGGACCCGUGUACACGCGUCUUGCGCAAGAGGUGUUGA